UUGUGCACCGUGCACCACAGCCUACCACCGAUUCCCAGUGAAUUUGAGUGGAGAGAUUUCUCAGACUCCCGCCUAAACGUUGUUUUUAGGGCUUUUGACAUAAAAAAAAAUCUUUUUGUACUGCGUUUCUUGAAUAGUUCCAGAACAAUGGUUUCCAAGGAGCGCAAAAUUAGCUCCAAGCCCACCACCGCAGCAAAGGAUUCUCAUGCUCAGUUUCGCGGUUUCCAAACCCUAAUUUCUGCAAUUCAAUCCUCCGAGGGUCUAAAGCCUCCAGUUUUGAAAAGUUGGUACUGUAUACUGGUGAAUUUGUCCUUAAAGGAAUCAAUUGGGUGUUCCGACAACAAAGAUUCUCCGAACUGCUCGGAUACUGGGUUGAAAAUGGAACCUAAAGAUAGAAGCCUUGUUGCUGAACGUUUGUUUGAGGAACUUGGUAAUAGGUUUGAAACCUUAUUCUCUGCUUUGUGUGAUGUUUCUGCAAAUCGAGAAAAUGGGCAUGCCAUCUUAGGUUCAGAUGUGUGGGCGAAUGUUGAUGAACUGACCCUUCUGUUAAGAUGUUGUAUGGUAAUCUUGACCUUGGUUGACGAAGCUUUAGUGCUCGAGAAAUUUCAAGUUCUUCUGUUGAUACUUGGGAAGUUAAAAUCCUUUGUUACAAGUGGAGGAAACGAGAAACGUCCUGUCACUUUCAAGAAGUUCAUUUCUCGUGAAUUCUCCUUCGGUGAUGCUACUUCUGCCACCGCUGUUUCGGAGGAUUUUGUUGCUUCUAUAUCUAUCUUGGAACCUUCUGAGCCAUGCCGUCCAUUUCUAUGUGCAAUUCUUGAGGUAUUUGCAGAUGAGCUUUCGAUGCAUAGAUUGUUGAGAGAGUAUUUCAUGCUCGUUGAUUAUGCUUCUUGCACAAGCAGAGCGCUUUUCAGCGGUCAUUUUCUUAAUGAUGGUAUUGCAAGUGUGCUGGAGGUUAUUUCUCUUCAUUUCAUUAUAUCGUUUUCUGAUGAGCAAGGAUUUGAGCAUUUCCUUAAUAGAUUAAGUUGCGGAGAUUGCAAGCGUUUUAGAGUUCCUGAUCUUAGCCUGAAUGCGGCUGUAUCACUGCUUUUGAACCCCAUCAUUCUUUCAGCACCAAAAAUGUUCCAGGCACAUUUGAUUUUGUUGGUUUCUGAAGCAAUUGGUGUUAGCAUGUCUUCAAAUAUUAGACCCUCCGUCAGACUUAUGACUUGUUACCUAACUGCAUUUGAAAGGUCCGUCAUCUUGUACACUAGAUUCAUGUCCACUCUGCUUAUGGAUGGUCAUCCCAUAGGUAGUAAAGAUUCUUGCGCAAAUCAUGGUUCAUUUGGCAGAAGGUAUGAAUCUUCUUUUAAACAUCACAUUCAUGAAGUUACCAAUGCGAAGGUAUGUGAUGUAGUUUGUAAAUCAGAUUCUUUAUGGAGGUCACAUCUGUCCAAUACGUUUUCUAAAGAAAAACCUGACCUUCUGGCCGAAUCCACUGCAUACAUAAACGAGAGCCAACAAGGUUUUGAUGAAUCAUGCAAAAAUGAUAUCUCGUCAAUUUUGAACAGCAUACUACUUGGAGCCUUUUUGGACAAUAUAAGCGAUACUGUAUUAUCUCGAAAGGGGGGAACAAGUUCUCAAGAUAUUUGUCUUAUUGCUGCUAUGCUAAAGUUAAUCAGCAGUUUGAUGUCAAUAGUCUUUUGGUGUCUAAGGAAUGCCAAAGACUAUAGUUGUUUGAAAGCCUUAGAAGAUGCUUCGUCAUGUAAGGAGUAUGAUUUUAUCGUGGAUGUUAUUAGCUGUUUUCGGCAGUUUAAUGUAUCUUUACCGAGUCAGAAGAAAUUAUUUUGCCUAAUGAAAACUCAUCGAAUCAGGCAUAAGACCACCAAGUGGAUGCUUUUGCAUUUCUCAGGCUUGCUAUCAUUAAGUUUUGUGAGUGGGUUUGAUUUGUUGGUGAAAAAUUGUGCAAUUGUGAUUGAGACACUGAUGAAUCUCUAUGUUUUUGAAGAGGGUAAUGUAGUUACAAUGAGAUCGUUACUUGUUUCUGGUUCAGAAUCUUUUUCAUCUUACACUCCUCCUGUCAAAGUUGAAGAGGCCCUGGUGGAUCAGAAAUCGAGUCAAAAAAUUGUUUCAAAGAUUAAGAAGAUUCAAACUAUGUGUUUGAGGUCAGAGUCUCUUCCACGCUUUCCUCUAAGACCAGAAAAUAAGAUAGGAGAAACUUCACAAAAUGCCUCUAUCCUAAAGUGCACGAGGGAGUCUACUUUUGGUGUAGAGGAGGAAACAGAGGAGUCCUACAACGGAAAGGUCUAUCUCCAAUACCUAACAAAAGAACCCAGCAAGGAACCUGAUUAUGAUGAGCUAGCGGACUUUGUCGAAUGCAAGCCUGGGAAGGAUUAUUGCAGAUGGUUGAAAGAUAAAGAAAGAUACCGAAAGUGGAAAUCAAAGAAAAUGGCAGUUGUGAGGUGGAAAAAAAGAAGGAUGACUUGGAAAUUUAUGGUACAGAAUAAAGCUUAGUUGUCAGAAAGGAAGGAAAUCAAUGGAGCAACUUUUUAUUUAUUUAUAGUUGUGAUUCCCAACAAUCAAGACUUCAAAAGUUUGUGGACCCCAGGUGCAUAACAUCAAAAGUUUGUGGACCCCAGGCAGUCACGUGGACUGAUGAAGGGAUGGUUAAGAGAAUCUUUAAUCAGUUUGAACGUUCCAUGACAUAUUCAGCUCGUGGAAUCUUUUGAUCAUAUGCUUCCGGAUGUUCAUAUAUCCACUGAUCAUAAAUCUGGCACACAAAGCUGGAAAGGAUGUUGGUGUGCAAAUUGCUUCUGUUCUGCUUGGGGAGAUUGAGCAAGUUGUAGUAGUAGAUUCAAAACAUCAGGUGCUCUUAUUUCUUCUUUGUGCUCUAUGUCCACAAGAUAUAUCAAAGGUUGGGGUUGGCAAGCUCUCACCAUAUGGCAUAUCAGAGAAUUCCUAGGAGUUAAACUUGUCAUAAAGCCAGAUCAUUCUACUUAAAGGUUUGGUUUGUGGGUUGAGGAAUCUAUCUAGAAAUGUAGCAUAAUGACAGAAUAUAAAUAUCCCGUAAAUGAACCCAUACAUGGGUCGAUAUGCUUAUGUAGCGGCCAACAUCUUGUCAGAUGGGCUGACAUGAGUCGGUGCCCGCAAGUAUGAUACUAUGGGACGUGUUCUGCCAAUUUGGAGUUCUAGAGCGAUUUUUUCAACCCUUUAUUAGCAGAGAAGUUUUGACAUUUUUUCUUUAUUUCUUAG